GUAGGUUGAUUACAGUGAGGAGCAGCGUUGAGCUGAGCGGGGCCGUGGAGUAAAAAGCAGUGCAUUUAAAACCGCUCAGGGGAGACACCGCAUUUACGAGGCUAGUUUUGUUUUUGGCUGCCUCCCUCUCUUUCUCCCUCCUCCACCUCAUCCUCCUCGCCCUGGGUGACUGUCCGGUCCACAAUGACCCUGACGAGAGGAAUGCAGCACCGGUUUACCUGAGCAAGUGGACACUUGUUUCCUCUUUUACAAUUAUUCUGCUGUGACUUUUUUUUUUUUUUUUAUCUCAUUGAAUUGGGUGGUGUGUCGGACUGCUGCCAUUCAACUUAUGUGUGUACCGUAUAGCCUACUGUAAAACCCAGGUUAUGUAGGUAGGCAUCUCUCUCGGAUACACCUCCACCCUUGUUUACAUGUUGUAAUUGGAUUGUCCAUCAUUUCCAGAAGCAGCAGCAGUAGCUCGGGGUUUCCUCCCUCCUCCUCCUCCUCCUCCUCCUAUUCUUGUUCCUCCUUCUUCUUGUUCGGAGCUCUUUUGCCGGGCGGCCCAGGUUGUUGUGGUUUAGCAGAAGACGAAGAUGGGACUACCUGCUCUGGAGUUCAGUGACUGUUACCUGGACAGUCCACAGUUCAGGGAGAGACUCAAGUCCCACGAGCUGGAGCUGGACAAGACCAACAAGUUCAUCAAGGAGCUGAUAAAAGACGGCAAGGCGCUCAUCCAGGCUCUGAAAUGUCUCUCAACAGCCAAGAGGAAGUUCGCAGAGUCUCUCAACGAGUUUAAAUUCCAGUGUAUCGGAGACGCCGAGACAGAUGAUGAAAUAUGCAUUGCCAAGUCUCUGCAGGAGUUUGCAGCCGUGCUACAGAACCUGGAGGACGAAAGGACACGCAUGAUUGAGAAUGCCAGUGAUGUGCUGAUUAUGCCUCUGGAGCGGUUCAGAAAAGAACAAAUCAGUGCAGCUAAGGAAGCAAGGAAAAAGUAUGACAAAGAGACCGAGAAGUAUUGUGCGGUGCUGGAGAAGCACCUCAGCCUUUCAGCGAGGAAGAAAGAGUCACAUCUCCAUGAGGCCGACAACCAGGUAGACAACGUCCGGCAGCAUUUCUACGAGGUUUCCCUGGAAUAUGUCUUCAAGGUGCAGGAGGUCCAAGAGAGGAAGAUGUUUGACUUUGUGGAGCCGCUGCUGGCCUUCCUCCAAGGCCUGUUCACCUAUUAUCACCACGGCUAUGAGUUGGCAAAGGACUUCAACCACUUCAAGACGGAUCUCACCAUCAGCAUACAAAAUACGAGGAACCGUUUUGAGAGCACACGGUCCGAGGUGGAGAUUCUGAUGAGGAAGAUGAAAGAGAAUCCACACGAACACAAGAGCGUGAGCCAGCACACCAUGGAGGGAUACCUGUUUGUACAGGAGAAGCGCUCAUUUGUAUCAACUUGGGUGAAGUACUACUGCACGUACCACCGUGAGCCCAAGAGGGUCACCAUGGUUCUGUUUGACCCUAAGUCUGGAGGGAAAAUGGGAGACGAAGAGAGCUUCACCCUGAAGUCGUGCACAAGGAGGAAGACGGACUCGAUAGAGAAGAGGUUUUGUUUUGAUGUGGAGGCUGUCGACAGGUCGGGAGUCAUCACCAUGCAGGCUCUGUCAGAAGAGGACCGCAGGCUGUGGAUGGAGGCCAUGGAUGGGAGAGAACCGGUAUACAAUUUAAACAAAGACAACCAGGCUGAAGGCAUGGCCCAGCUCGAUGUGAUUGGGUUCAACGUCAUGAAAAAAUUCAUCUAUGCGGUGGACACUCGAGGUAUCAAUGAGCAGGGCUUGUACAGAAUCGUUGGCGUCAGCUCCAGAGUGCAAAAACUACUGGGCCUUGCUAUGGAUCCCAAGACAUGUGCAGACGUGGAACUGGAAAACACAGAGUGGGAGAUCAAGACUAUUACGAGUGCUAUAAAGCACUAUCUCAGAGUGCUGCCUGCACCUCUCAUGACGUACCAGUACCAGAGGAGCUUCAUCAAAGCUGCAAAGUUGGACAACCAAGAGGCCAGAGUGACAGAGAUUCACGCUCUGGUGCACCGGCUGCCUGAGAAGAACAGACAGAUGUUGGAGCUUCUGAUGAAACAUCUGUCUAAUGUGGCCAAUCACCACCAGCAGAACCUGAUGACCAUCGCUAACCUUGGUGUAGUCUUCGGGCCAACUCUGCUCCGCCCGCAGGAGGAAACAGUCGCUGCCAUCAUGGACAUCAAAUUUCAGAACAUUGUAGUGGAGAUCCUUAUAGAGCACCAUGAGAAAAUAUUUAAGGACGUGCCAAAUUCUGCAAGCGGUCCGACUAAUAUGCAGCUCAACUUGUCAAGGAGGAGAAGUGCAGAGAGCAAACCCCCGUCCUGCAGCGAGAGGCCUCUCACGCUCUUCCACACACCCACACAUUCUCAGAAAGGUGAAAAGAGAAACAGUGUUGUCGGCACCAGCAUCUCUGAGCUGCAGCAGCCCCUUUCCACCUCCACAAACUGUAACAGCAGCAGCAACAGCAGCAACUCGGGCAGCAGCCAAGGUCGGACCCCGAGACACAGCCUGACCAGCAACGACGGAGACACACAGGACACCACACGGCAGAUCCGACCAAGCUCACUGCUAAACCCAAAGAGUCGCGGCAGCAUACCAGCCAGUGCAACGUCGCCGAGCCCCACCUCACCUCGAUCCCCCUCCUGGCCGAUGUUCUCAGCCCCGUCAAGCCCACAGCCGACCUCCUCUGCCUCCAGUGAUUCCUCCCCUGUCAGUAUUGUGGGCAGGAAGGCUCGAGCGCUGUAUGCCUGCAAGGCAGAGCAUGACUCUGAGCUGUCCUUCAUCGCUGGGACCAUCUUUGACAACGUUCAUGUCUCAAGGGAGCCCGGCUGGCUUGAGGGGACUUUGGAUGGCCGAACAGGACUGAUACCAGAAAACUAUGUUGAGUUUUUAUAGUGAAGGGCCAGGAGAAAGACUUUACCUGGAAGACAAUGAACUGGAGUAGACCAAACUGGACUGUUGAAGACUCGAAUUAACUGCACAAGACGGAGCAGACUUUUAUGUACCUUAGACCAUACUGGACUGGGCCACUGUAGACAGGGACUUGAAGCUGGACCGACGAGAACCUGUUGGAGUAGAUGUGAUACUGGAAAGAAGAGGAGCAAACUUACUACGAACCUGAGGGAGACCCAUGACUUGCACUGGAAAAUAGAGGCGUCCAACUGUGGUUCCGACUGUUAUUGAACUAGCAUGAAUGACUUCUCAAAAUCUUGGUGAAAAUGAUGUGGUAAUGAGCCUGAAGUGUGUGUGUGUGUGUGUGUGUGUGUGUGUGUGUGUGUGUGUGUGUGUGUGUGUGUGUGUGUGUGUGUGUGUGUGUGUGUGUGUGUGUGUGUGUGUGUGUGUGUGUGUGUGUGUGUGUGUGUGUGUGUGUGUGUGUGUGUGUGUGUGUGUGUGUGUGUGUGUGUGUGUGUGUGUGUGUGUGUGUGUGUGUGUGUGUGUGUGUGUGUGUGUGUGUGGUUUAGAUUUUUCAGCCCUUGCUUUAUCACUUUGAACGGCACUGCUUCAGCGUCUCCUCUUAUAAUCAGACAAAAAAGAAAGAAAGCUCUUCCCCCUGAGAUGUUUGAAAUGAUGAUAGGGAACAAAAUCCGAAGCAAGUGGCAUUCAACUUUGGACUUGUUAGUUCACCUUUUCUACUGGUGCAUGUCUGAAUGAUUGCUGAUCUCAUUGGGAUGGAGCUUUUUAAAGCCAAUGCUUUAAUGAUUGAGUUUCGUUGUACAGCUGUAAAUAUGUUUUUGAGCACUUGUUGUGACGGUCUGGUAAUUCCCCUGGACAGGACUCAACCUGGCUAAUGUUUCAGAGCUCACAGUUCAGGAGAAAGAGCCUCAGGGCGGAUCAGCACAGAACAGGUUCGCUGGAAGGUCAGCGUUUGGUUUGAAUGCCUCUCGCUAACAGAGCCUUCAGGAAAAAUGUUUUAAGAAAAACGUUUCAAACAGAUGGGCAGUUUACAAAGCGACGUUAAUUUAACAUUUGAUUCCUGCUGUUGGCAAUAAGCCCAGCUGUGAGGGCUCACUUUGCCUCCCAAAUGUAUUUAAUUGUUGGGAAUAACUGAGUCCAAUAUUGAGUUUUGUGUCGAGUCAUGUUUGCACUUCAUUGUUGCGACUUUAAUUGAGGUGUGUUAAAUGUCUAUUUCAUUCCUUUUAGAAAAAACACAUGGGGGCGGCACAUACACAAGGGCUGCAGGAGUUCAGACUGUAGGGACUGACCAAAUAGGAGCCAGUUUACUUUGAGCAAGGCACCAAAUUACCAACUACUAGUGUGGCCAAUCCCUGUGCAGCCCCUUUACUCUGAUACCUCUCCAUGAAUGCAUGUCUAUAGGUCUUGUUUGUGCUUUGGGCCUUUGUGUGUGUGAAGCAUGUCUCUCAAAACAUUCAAAUGUCUAAUGUCCCUCGGGAUUAAUACAUACAAAAAUCAACAUUCAUGUUUUUAUUCAUAGCCGACAUCUUUAUCUAAUACUUUGAUCCGUUACGUGAAUUCAAUAAAUGACUUCAGUGGACAUUUUUUUUUAAUCUCUAACCAAAGAAGUAUUUCAUAUUGUACAUCAUGACAUCUCUCAUCACGUCUAAAAUCUUAAGAAAAGAUGAAUUAAACAUUUCCUGACUCAUUCAGUUAUAGCUGGUCUGCUUUGGGGCUCCGAGCAAUGUCCUCAUUCUGGAUUUUUUUUUUUUCCUCGCUCCAUCGCGUUUCCUGUGCUUUCCUUAUUGGCGCAAAUAAUGAAAGAACAUUUUAGCAUUUGAAUAGGGAAAAAAUCAAUGGGAGUCAAAAGAAAUGAAAUGUGAAACGAGACUACUUUGUUCAUAUCUGAACUUCUUAUUUAUGACAGUUUCUUAAAAGGUGUAAUCCUGAAAUGUAUUCAAUCUGAGGUGUUUUAAUGACAUUGUAAAUACAAAAAAAAAACAGCAUUUGAUAAAGUAUGAUUUUUGAAUUAUGAAAUUUUAUAUUUUGUAUUUUUAGCCUACUAACUUAAUUUCUUGAUUCCAUCUUUGUUGCCCAGAUUUUUGUAUUAUUUACGUCUAUCUAAGCCUUAUUCUUUCAGAUGUUUUGGUGAAUUGAAAAGAAAUUGUGCAGAAUUAAAGGAGAUAACAACA